AAUGUCUGAAAUUAUAGAAUAUGUUGAAAGUCAACGAAACGAUUUGAUAAAUAACGAAAUUACUAAUAUACAAGAAAAAUUUCCAAAUUUGAAUCAAAAUUCUUUAAUAAGAAUUUAUGAUAAUCUGAUGAAAGAUUAUCCUAAUCUCUUACAAUUAGUAAAAUCGUUAAAUAUACCAGAGAUUUCUGAUAUGAAUAGAAUUGAUAUAAUGAUAAAUAUUAUUGAAAAUUUCAAUAAGAAUCGAUUCAAUAUUCAUCCUAUAACUCCAAGAAAUAAAGUUGAAGAUGGAGAAGUUCUUCAAAUUUGUGGAAAAGAAGAUAAGAAAGAGCUUGAUGAAAAUAACAGGAAAACUAAAAAUAUGUCAAGAAAGAAAGUAAAGAAGAGAAGGAAAUCGAAGAAGAAAUUUUGUAAAGGUUGCCGUGCGAGAUAUAAGCUAAAACAGAAUCAAGACCAUUUAUUGCAAAUGCAAGCAGUUCGAAAUGUUUUAACAAAAAAUGCUAAAGCACCUGCUGAAAAUUCUCUACAAUUGCAUAAAGAAAGAAAACGAAUUUCAUCAGCAAAAGAUGAUUUGGUUGUAAAGAAAAUUAAAUUCGAAGAGAAGAAAAUGGACAACGACGAGCAGGAAAAGAGUAACAAAAAAAAUAGUGAUAACGAAUUGCAAAUGAUAAACAAUUCUAAAGAUGAAGAACGAAUAGCAAUGAAUAAGAUGAUAAAAGUUGUUUUAAUAACUGGAGGAGGAACUGGAAUUGGUCGGUCGACCGCAGUUGAAUUCGCCAAAAAGAACUACAAGGUUGCUAUAAUUGGCCGAAGAGAAAAAAAACUGAAUGAAACUAUUGAUCAUUGCAUUCAAGCUGGUGUAAAAGAAGAAAAUAUUAAAGCAAUAACUUGCGAUGUCAUGAUAGAUGAUCAAGUGAAGCAGUCAGUGAAACGAACGGUGGAUUGUUUUGGUCGGUUGGAUGUUCUUGUAAACAAUGCUGGCUCUUCCCUAAUAUCGCUAUUAAGUAAAAUGUCUCUGGAAAACAUGGAAUACAUGUGGAGACUUCAUACAAGAGCACCGUUGUUAUACAUGCAAGUUUCAUUACCUCAUCUACAACAGAGCCUAAGUCCUUAUGUUCUUGGGAAAUCUGGAAUGAAUACAUUAACAAGAUUAGCGGCUCAGGAAUUUGGCAUGAAAGGUGUAAGAGUUAACGCAGUUUUACCCGGGACAGUAAAAACUGAUAUAUUUUUUAAUAAUGGAGGAAAAAUGUUAGAUGAAAGUGAGCUAGAAAAGUUUUUAAAAGAUGAAGCAAGGAAAACACCUAUGGGCAUUAUUGGUAGAAGUGAUCAAAUAGCUAAAACUAUUAUGAUGCUAGCCGAUGACGAAAUAACUGCACCUAUGGUUAGAUAUUCAAACUUACCAUUUAGAAUGCUAGUUCGGAAAUACAAUUGUCAUGUUGCUUAUUCAUCAAUGAUAAUUGCCAGUUCAUUUGUAAACUCAACACGUGCUAGAAAUCAUGAAUUUCAUACAAACAAUGAAGAUAGACCAUUAGUUGUUCAAUUUGCUUCAAACGACCCUGACGAGUUUGCUACAGCCGUUGAAAUAGUUCGAAACUAUAGUGACGGCGUAGAUUUAAAUUGUGGUUGCCCUCAAAGAUGGGCUAUGCAGGAGAAUUAUGGAUCCGCCCUUUUAAAAUCGCCGGAAACGGUAUGUGAUUUAAUUAGCACUGCGAGGAGAAGAGUUAAUAUGGAUAAUUUUACUAUUUCCAUUAAAAUACGAAUUCUUCAAGACAUGUCCAAGACGAUAGAGUUAGUAAAAAGAGCUGAAAAGGUUGGCGUUUCUUAUAUUGCAGUUCAUGGGAGAACACCGAAGCAAAGAAAAGAGCCAGUUGAUAUUGAGGCUAUCAAAAUCAUUAAAGAAACUAUAGCAAUUCCAGUUAUUGCUAAUGGUGAUAUUUUCACUUUGGAAGAUAUUAAUAAGAUAUACGAAGCAACCAGAGUUAAUGGGGUAAUGGCAGCUAGAGGUUUAUUAAGAAAUCCAGCAAUGUUUACAGGGAAAGCACAAACAACUUCCGAAUGCAUUAGCGAUUUUAUAGAUUUAAAUAUGACGGAAAGUUUAAUGAGUAGAGAAGAUAGGAAAUUAUUUAACUGUAUAAAUUCAGUACCAGGAAUUUUGAGUUUCUUAAAGUCAUUGGAAAUUCUUCAAAUGUCCAUUGGCAAACCAAGAAGUGGGUUACCUUAUUACAUUCUUAACAAGAUAAGGGGAAAGAGAAUAUAUAAAGAAAAAAUUGAUCAUCGUCUAGCUACCAAGUUAAGACUUGCUGGAACUCAUACACGAAGGUGUAGAGUUGUUUCACCUCUACUACCAAGAUGUACAGCUGUUUUCGUAGCAAAUACGUACGAAGAAGCCGAUGUUCCGCCUGAUGAUAAACGUUACUUGAAAAUAUUCGAAAAUUCGGGUCCUUACGAUAGAUUACCACCAGAUUCUUCUUCUAGCCAAGACAGUUACGUCAUUGAAGAUUUUUUACCAGAUUUUUAUAGUGAUCUGCCUAGCAUAGCCGAUGAGAAAUCAUUUAACUUGAAUGAAAGAUGGACGCAAAACUACCUAAAUUAUGUUAUAAUCAUGAUAUUAGCUGUUUCCGCAAUUACACUUGUGAUAUCCAUCGCUAAUACUGCCAUUGUUCAGGGAGUAGAUGUUGAUUUAUGUCAAUAA